GUCGUAAAGCUCAAACAGUGCACACAGGUACUGACGUUUGUAACCCGGUAGACACCCAGUAAUCCCUAUUGAAUUAAAAUGGUUCAAUUCGUUGGAAAGUACCAACAUGUCAGUAGCUCUCCUGAGUUCUUGGCUUAUCUCAAAGCUGUGGGAGGCGACGACGCCAGGCUAGAGUUACUCGCCAAAAGCAACCCAUUGAUAACGAUUUCCGAGGCUGGCGGUAAGUGGACAGUGACAGUUACCAACGAAGGCAAGGGUUCCAGUUCGACUUUCAAGCUGGGAGAACCUUACGACGAAGUCCUGCCAAUGGGUGCUACCCUAAAGAGCGUAACGAAACAGGAGGGUAACAAGUUUAUCACUGAGUCAUCAGUACCCGACGGUAGGAAGGGUCUCAGAGUUUACGAAUUCAGUGACGCUGGUAUCACCGUGGAACUGGUUGACCAAAAGAGUGGAGUAAAGGCCACCCGUACUUACAAGAGGAUUUAGAUUGAUUAGUCAUCGGCUAAAGUAUAUAUACCUUCGCUGCAAACGGAUGCCGGACUCGGACACGUUUCUACCUGUAUAAACAUACAUGUAUAGAUUUUUAAAUGCUUAUGAAUAAAUAGUUUCAUACCGUGCAAUCUA